CGUGUUUUGGUCUUAUUACAAGCGCAUAGAAAUUAGUCUUUGGCCAACCGACUGGCCAACAAGUCAACUCUCUUGUCUUAAGUUCACAUCUAACUUAAAAACAUUUCCGCAAUGAAAAUCUGCAUAAUUUCUGUCAGCAUAUUGGCUUUAGCCUUUAUGAAUACAACCUGGGCACGUACACUCGCCGAAGUGGACACAGCUGACACUAAGGAUGGACGCAUCGUUGGCGGUUAUACAGUUGACAUCACGGCGCAUCCGCAUCAAGUUAGUAUGCGUCUGAAGGGUAUACUAUCAUCGCAAAAGAGUUAUGCACAUAAUUGUGGUGGAGCCAUUUACUCCGAGUACAUCGUCGUAACCGCUGCCCAUUGUGUGAUCGGUAAGGUAGCAAGUCAAUAUCAAAUAGUCGCAGGUGCAAACGAGAGACGUAGCGUCGGUGGUGCACUAGUACCUGUCAAGGAGAUUAUUAUGCAUGAGAAUUACCAACCAAGCUCCUAUAAUAACGACAUUGCGUUGAUGGUGCUCGCUGCGCCGUUGCCGAUUAAUAAUGUGACCAUCAAAGCUAUACCGUUGGCUGAUCGUCCCUCAUUGAAUGGCGACACUGCCGUCAUUACCGGUUGGGGUGCGCUGAAACAGGGCAGCAGCAGUCCAGAUCUAUUGCAAGAAGUCAAAGUGCCGAUUGUGAGUAAUGAGUUGUGUCAGGAGGAUUAUGGUGCAGGAAGAAUCACCGAUUCUAUGUUGUGUGCGGGAUUACGUGGCGUUGGUGGUAAGGAUACGUGUCAGGGUGAUUCGGGUGGUCCCCUAUUGGUUAAUGGCAAGUUGGCAGGUAUCGUGUCAUGGGGUAAUGGCUGUGCCAGCCCAAAAUACCCAGGUGUAUAUGCCAAUGUGACGCAUUUGUUGCCGUGGUUGCAUGAAAAUAUUGCUGCGAUAGAAUCUACGCUAUUACAGUACAAAUUCGAUUUCGUUGCAUUACGGACGCACAAGAAAGCAAUGGCACCAACCUUUAACAGCGCACUACAACUUUUUCUCUUGACGCUCUGCGUUUCAAUCGCGUUGACGGCCUGCGCGACGCCACAGGGCCGCAUUGUUGGCGGUGCAACGGUGGACAUCGCCAGUGCACCGCAUUUGGUAUCCAUACGCUACAAGCACAAUGCCUCGACACCCUUCAGCCACCGCUGUUCGGGCACAAUAUACGCCGAGGAUAUCGUGCUGACCACGGCGCGUUGCGUCAUCGGCUUGGAGCGCAAUCAACUGUUAAUUGUGGCCGGCAGCAGUUAUCGCACACAAAGCGACGGUUAUGUUUAUCUCAUCAAAACGAUUCUGAUACAUCCGGAUUUCGAUAUUUGGUUCAUCGACAGUGAUUUGGCGCUAUUGCGCUUGGAAUAUCCACUCACUAGACAACACGCGAAAGUGAUCAGACCGAUCGAAGUGGCGGAGGAGCUGCCCACUGCUGGCAGUGCAGCCACAGUGGCGGGUUGGGGUGCCUCCGCAGAGUACGGCGCUUUUGAGGAGCAACUGCAAGAGGCCACUGUGCGAGUGUUGGACAGCGCGCAGUGCAAACAAGCUUAUGGCGCCGGACGCAUCAGCGCGGCCAUGUUGUGCGCUGGUGGUGAGAGUGCCAAUGGCGUUGCAAUUGACGCUUGUCUGGGUGAUGCGGGUAGCGCGCUAGUUUCGAAUGGCACGGUUGUUGGUUUAGUAUCGUGGGGUAAUGGCUGUGGACGUGUCGGUUUUCCAGGUGUCUAUACAAAUUUGGUGCAUUUCCAGCAGUGGAUUAGCAGUGAAGCGAGUAAUAAUAAUUAAUUUGGCAUUCAAACAUUGCUACUGUAUUUAUAUAAAAAAUGUAUGUGCGGCAAUUAAUAAGUGAUUUGCCGAAAUUAAUAAAAAAAUAGUAUGAGUAA